AUGUCCGAGUAUCCUGCCACCACCAUCAACUACCCGCCUUGGUGCCCUGGCAACGACCGCGGCAUGAACGCUGGCAAGGCUUGCACCAACAGGUUCUUCAUCACCUUCAGUUCUGGCAACCGGUGCUGGUACUGCCGCCGCAUCAUUUGCUAA